CGGGCCUGAAUGGGGCGCGUGUGCUGACAUGGACCUUCUUCGAUGACAAUCAGUUGGAUGACCGGCGUGGUAGAGAGGACAGAGAGAGCAGAGCAAAGAGAGGAGAGAUUACAGCGGGAUUCAUCACACAGGGGGAGAAACAAAAGUCAAGGGGAGGAGGAACGAAGAGACAAGAGGAGAUUGUUUUAUCGAGGAUGCACAGAGACAGGUCGACCGACUGAGAUGGAAUCGACGGGACUAAGACAGACGUGGGAUUAUCAGUAACAAAUCAUCGGCGGUGGAGUUAUUCAAACAUGGACUAGCCUGGGAAUUGGCACGUACAUACGCGGACACACUCCCACAAACACACACACACACACAUUUGGUUCCCUGUUGUAAACCGUCUUGGCAGUGGACAGGUGUCAGUAUGCAGGAGUCUCCAGGUGCCAUGGGUGUAGAUGGCAGCUACGCCAGCAACGUCCCGGCCUUUCUCACCAAGCUGUGGACCCUGGUGGAGGAUCCCGACACCAACCACCUCAUCUGCUGGAGCGCUACUGGGACCAGUUUUCAUGUGUUUGACCAGGGACGCUUUGCCAAGGAAGUUCUGCCAAAGUACUUCAAACACAAUAAUAUGGCGAGCUUCGUCCGGCAGCUCAACAUGUACGGUUUCCGUAAGGUGGUGAACAUCGAGCAGAGCGGCCUGGUGAAGCCCGAGAGAGACGACACGGAGUUCCAACAUCUGUACUUCCUGCAGGGCCACGAACACAUGCUGGAACACAUCAAGAGGAAGGUGUCCAUAGUGAAGAGUGAGGAGACCAAAGUUCGCCAGGAGGACCUGAGCAAACUGCUGUAUGAAGUCCAGCUCCUCAGAACACAGCAGGACAACAUGGAGUGUCAGAUGCAGGACAUGAAACAGCAGAACGAGGUGCUGUGGCGAGAGGUGGUGUCACUGAGACAGAACCACACGCAGCAACAGAAAGUCAUGAACAAGCUGAUCCAGUUUCUGUUCAGCCAGAUGCAGUCCAACACACCCAGCACUGUGGGCCUAAAAAGAAAGCUGCCCCUGAUGUUGGACGACGGCUCCCCCAGCCCUCCUGCUCCCAAGUUCAACCACAGUCAGCCGAUGGAGCCCAUGCACGAGGCCUUCUACAUCCAGUCGCCAUCCAGCGACACGGCUUCCUGCUCUGCCGGAGGGCUGACAGGGGGACCGAUCAUAUCGGAUGUCACCGACAUGUCCCAGGCCAGCAUGGCCCUGCAGAUGCAGCCCGACGAGACGCGGGAGAAGUGCAUGAUGCUUAUCAAAGAGGAGCCUGUGAGUCCAGGAGUGAGAGGAGGAGGAGGAGGACAAGGAGGCAGCGGAGGCGGAGGAGAGGCCGCAGCAUUGACCUCCACCUGUGAGGUGUGCUCCUCCGAGCCGCCCGUCCUGCCCGUCGCGAUGGUCCAGUCGGUCCUGGAGGGGCGGGGCUCCGCGGCCGCUGUGGUGGAGAGGAGGAGCAAGAGGCCCGCCCUGGACAGAGUGGAGGUUUCCGAUACAGUGGAGAACGUGGACAUGAGCCUGGAGGAGCUGCAGCAGCUGCUGCUCAGGAGCCAUCAGCAGAGCACCGCGGAGGCCGGGACCAGCGCUGUCAUGGAUCCCUUCACCCUGAGCCUACCUCUGACCGAGUGGAACUUCACAGAGAUGGAGUCCAACCUCAAAUCAUACAUCUUCCAGAAUCCGGAAGCGGAGGCUUAUCCAGCUGCUGGCUGCGAGGAGCAGUGAUCGAAGGCCACAGGAGCUGCCCUCAGCCUCAUGAAUCCACUCUGCGUGAGUCCGACCCCACGGCCCCGCCAGGCUCUGUCCCGCACAUGGCUUUAUUUGAAUUCUGUAUACAUCUGCGUUCCUUUCCAAGGAAAAGGCCUGUAUGGGUAAUGUGGAUAUAUAGAUAUAUAUAUUUUUGAAUGAUCCGAUCAAAGCUUGUAUUUCCUGGUUGGCUGAUUGCCCCACCAGCUCUUGGCUCCGUGGGCAUGGCCGAUGCCAGCAUAGGGAAAGACGCUGGUCUAAGUUUUGAAAACAACUAGUGUGUUAUGACAUGAUGAUAUCUAUACUCCAAUAUUAAGCCAGCUGGAUGCAGACGAUGCAUUCAUGGCUCCAGCACUUUAGUCUUUGUGUGAGCGAGGGAGUUCCUGCUUGUGGAAGUGGAUUUUAUUUUUCUUCCUAUAAAGAAACUACUACAGAUGUAUGCAAACGGAUAUUUUGUAUUAAUUUAUGCUUUAUUACAAGUGAUAUUUGUAAUAGUCACUGGUUGGCAGCGUAGAAUAUAUUACAAGUUACGUGAAUUCUGUCAGUCUGUGUGAGGCUCCUCAUAGAAAUCUACACAUUUCAAAACAAUGAUGAAUGUGUCAAGACAGAUGAGAAGUGUGUUGACCUUCGGGAUAUUGAAGGUUUCUUCGAGAGUCAAGCCUAUCUAAAAUCAUUUUGGGAGAUUUUUACAAGCAUAAAGACCCAUCUAAUCUUUGCACAGGCCUGACGUGUAGCCAGAGACUUAGAGUCACUUCUCUUCUGUCCAUUUAAAUGUGAGGUUUGAAGUAUUGAAGAAGACUUCUCAUCGACAAAAGCAUGAACACCACUGCAUUUUUGCACAAUCUGUACCACUAGUUAUUUAUAGUUAUGACAACGGGUCAGUUAUUUCUUGUUUGUAGAUGACUAACACUCUGUGGCUCUAGACAUGUGUGUCUAAAAAGAGAUAUACCGGCCUCAGUGGCAGGAUUUUCCAAAAAAACUCAAAAGCAAAAUUUAGUCUUUGAUUAGUCUCUGAACGUUACUGCUGUUGUCAUCUGGAAACAAAGACCACACGUCAAGUCGAGGCUGAACAACUGUCACGAUUGUUUUAUUCACUGAAACUCUGAUAAACAGUCAAGACAAUGGGAUGCUGGUUUUCAUACUUGUCCAGGAGCCGGUCUUAAAAAAAGAAAAAGGAGAUUUCAUUAUGGUUCAAUAUGUUAAAUCAAAUGUAUGGUGGGGUGGUUACUUGAGAAUUUAAUCUGGUAUAAAACUAUGAAUACCUGCUUGAUAAAAUGCAUAUUAGUGACAAAAUAAAAUUAUAAUUCUCACUGAUUAUGCCAUUUCAUGUAAAAAAUAUCAAUCCUCAGCACUGGUUGCAGGCAACACUUAAAAUGUAGAAUAUACUUUUUUGGGGGGAAAACUUCCUGGAUAUGAGUUGAAUUGUGCAAUACUGUACAGAACUGUGAGAACUCACUGAAAAAAUUGCAAUACAUGGAUGACCAUAGGAAUGUAGGAAACAGCAACUGUGAGUGGUGGCCUGGAGCACAGUGAGGUGCACGGCCGCGGGGGUAAUGUUAACCUGUGAAUAAUAAAAGCCCUGUUAGCUCGAGCAAAAGCCUGAAAUUGUAAUUUAACUGCCGCGGAGGCGCCAUAGACUGUGUAUAAAGAUGGACGAGGACGGGUCUCUGCUUCCUGCACAAAAAUGAAGCCAAAAAUACCCUGGAUACGGGUGCCGCCAUCUUUUGCGCUGCAUGACCUAUUCUGCAACCAGCCACCAGGGGGCGAUCGAGAUGUUUUGGCCUCACUUUCGGGGAGCGGACAUGCCGUCCAUCUUUAUAUACAGUCUAUGGGAGGCACAAAGCGACAACGUAGCCCAGUGCAGGCCUACGACCAGGCUACUGCAGCUACUUACUCAGUUUUGUAGCGGCGUCAUCUACCCUCAACGCAGAACUGUAAAUUCAGCUUUAGGAAAGUAUUGCCGUACAUUUUGUCCCCGAGGUGAAUCCAACAUCUCGGCUUGCUCUUAACACACAAUCAAAACAAGAGGACUUUAAAAAACUGAGCGACCAUGAAACUCCCUCAUCGAGGCUACAUGCUGAUGCUAGCAGGGGCUAAAAUCCAGGUAGCGAUUUGCAUUAGCUUCUCAAAAAGUGCUAAUCAUCGCAUUAUUUAUUUUUAACGAUGUACUUUUCAUUCUAUUUUAUCCUACCACUUACUAUGGUAUGACAACAAUUACUAUUAGUCUUAUUAUAAACAUAUUUCUGAAUUGAUAAUGCUGUAAUUUUGCAUCUAUAUUUGGUUGAGUGAGACUCUGGGAAACUGAGAAAAUUAAAUCCUGAGACAUGAUUACAAUUUAGUUUUUCAUGUCUGCAUUAAGAGUAAAAAAUAGUACAAUAACUAAUGAAAGAGUAGCUUGAAGAAAUUAAAUAAUUUGUUUAAUUGUGUAUAGAUUCACCUAAACAUUAUGUUGAAUUGGUCAGAUAAAGAGCUAAUGCAAACUACCACCUGCAGACUCAUGUUUUUUGUGGCGGACCCUCCAUCUGUGCACGUGCAUGCUUUGGGGAGAAGGGAGAAAAAGCAAGCUGUGGUGUGUAACAAGUGAAAUUGCACUAAAGAUCACAGUUGUAUGAUAUUUGCGAGUACAUGGUACAUUUUUAGACAUAGCAUUUAUUCUUGUUCCUCAUGAUAAUAUGAGUGUUAUUGAUUUUUUCUUUCUUUCAAGGAGUGAUGAAUACGCACAUUCAGUUGCUUUUGUGUUUUUUAAAAAAAAAAAUUAUUCUGUUUUUCCAUUUUAAUCAUUUGCACUGGAAAGUAAACGGAUGUGUGUUCAAAUGACAUUCAUGCUUGUCAGGAUUGCAAAUAGAUAAGGAAGUAUUUCCCUGCUGUAACGAAGCCUGGCAUCCCGAAAGCACCUCUGCACUAUGAAAGGACAACACCAGCCUGCGUCGGUAGACAAACAGUGAGCGUCCCGCCUGCUGUCGGGUGCUGAGCUGCUUUUGAAAGUGGGCCACAACCUGCUUAUAAUGUGAAUUGUUUUUAAAUGGGUUUUUUUUUCCAAAGACUAAAGUGUAUUGUAAACUGAACAUGUAUUCCAAAUGUGUAUGAAAUAUUUAAGUUGUUAAAAACAAAUAAAAGUGAAAGAAGGCA